AGCAGUCAGCUGGUGGAGGCUGCAGGACAAUUACACACCCACUUCACGCCAUCACCCACAGUGUGAUGCCCAUCCCCGACACAAGACAAGACCCCCGGGACACGAGUCAGAGCGACGCGGAUCCUUCGAUGACCUUCAACAGGACUUGAGACCAUUCUGCGGAGAUAACCGAUUUUGCAGAGGCUGAUACGGACACGUGAUCCAUUUGAAAUAAAAGUUUGGGUUUUUUUUAUAAAAAAGAAAUUAGAAGCGGACUUUAAAAAGACAACGCGAUGGCCAACUCCGGUGUCCAGCUGCUCGGAUUUUUCCUGUCGUUAAUUGGGAUCGUGGCACUGAUCAUUGGGACUAUUCUGCCGCAGUGGAAGAUGUCCGCGUACAUCGGGGACAACAUCAUCACCGCUGUGGCCAUGUACCAGGGACUGUGGAUGUCAUGCGCCUUCCAGAGCACCGGACAGCUCCAGUGCAAAAUCUAUGACUCCAUCCUGCAGCUCGACAGUUCACUUCAGGCCACUCGUGCCUUGAUGAUAGUUGGCAUCAUUGUGUCCGUCGCAGGCCUGGGUGUGGCAUGCAUGGGAAUGAAGUGCACUACCUGUGGAGGGAGCGACAAACUACGCAAGUCCCGCGUGGCCAUGACAGGAGGCAUCAUCCUCCUAGUAGGCGGGCUCUGUUCCGUCGUGGCGUGCUCCUGGUUUGCUCACAACGUCAUCCGGGCUUUCUAUAAUCCCUACACUCCUGUCAACACCAAGUUUGAGUUUGGUGCGGCCAUCUUCAUCGCCUGGGGCGGCUCCCUCUUAGACGUUCUUGGUGGGGCCAUGUUGGCUGCUUCCUGUCCAAGGAAGAAGCAGGUAUCCAAAUAUCCGUCCAUGGCCAGUUCCCGCUCUGGUGCUCAAAGCGGCACCAAGGAGUACGUCUGAGAAUGUCUCCCCCCCCCGCCCGCCUGGAACUUGGGACAAAGUUCUCCCCUCGUUGCAGCGUCACAGAGGAGUAACACGGGAAGGUUUACGGGAAGAUGUAUGUCAUAAACAGAUGCAGAGAAAAUGAAAUUGGACUUUUAUUGUACUUGGUGUUCAGGCCUGUGAUUGCUUCCCCCCCCCCUCCCCUGUGAUUAUCAAGCUGCAAUCUCACUUAUUUCAUGAAUGAUGUCUCACACCCUGUCCACACAUUCCACGAUUGUUUACAAGAAGGCUUCACAAACACAUUAUAAUUGGAUCGCCUGACUUAAUAGACAAACGCCCAGGGUGCAACAUCGUGAAUAGUAGCCUAAAUUAUAGACUACAGCCAACACUUGCACGUCUAUGUUAGAAACGGCGUCUAUUAGCGUUCGCCGUGUAAUUGAAAGUAAUCAAUCCCAGUUUGGUGCCUAGGCUACGAAUCGGGGCCUUGUACAACACAGUCGGGGUGACAAU